CAUGCACCACAUGGAUAAGUCGACGAAUGCAAGCGUUUAGAAAGAACGGUUAAUGGUUGAACGAAGUCAAUAGAAGCCUUAGAUUAGCCCGCAGCUGCAGCUGAUCGUUGUUUUCCUCAUAUCGCCUAUCGUAGCACUUGAUGUGGUCAUGUGUGGGUGUGUUUCGUUCUCAGCGGUUAAGUGUCAGUUGUGAUUUUUUCUAGACGCGCGCGCCGUACUUUUCUGACAUUCAUUUGAGACUCGCAGAGCCAUGCAAAGCGUUAUUAACACCGUGAAAGGCACAGCUCUUGGCUUCGCCGACAAGCUUACGCCGAUCCUCAAGGAAUCCAAGUUUAAGGAAACUGGAGUCAUCACGCCAGAAGAAUUUGUGCAUGCUGGAGACCACCUUGUGCACCAUUGCCCAACGUGGCAGUGGUCAGCUGGUGAAGGCCUGCCAGCCAAAUCCUACUUGCCACCUGACAAGCAGUUUCUUGUUACCAGGAACGUGCCUUGCUACAAGCGCUGCAAGGACAUGGAGUACAGCAUGGAGCACGAGAAGGUGCUCGAGGAAGAGGGUGACGAGGAUGGUGGCUGGGUUGAUACUCACCACUAUGCAGAUGGUACUUCAUCAGGGCUAGCCGAACAGGUUCAAGAGAUGACUCUCGAGCCUAGUAAACCUGCUGCCACACCUGCUGCGACACAGAGGCUAGGCUGUGGUGACGAUGAUGAUGAUGAAGGUGAUGAUGAUGAUGAGGAGGAGGCUGCUGACAUGGAUGCCUUUGUGGAGAGUGGGUUGCUGGAUGCAGAUGACCCAGCAACUGUUGUGACGAAGACUGAAGCAACGGAAAAAACGACGGCCGCAGGAGGUGACAGUGAGCCCGGCGCCUUGGAUGGCGCCAUCGUAAGCACUCGCACCUACGACCUCAACAUCACCUAUGACAACUACUACCGCACCCCACGGCUCUGGCUAUAUGGCUAUGAUGAGAAGCGACAGCCUCUGAGCAUGGAGGCCAUGUACGAGGACAUCAGUCAGGACCAUGCCAAGAAGACAGUCACCAUGGAAGCCCACCCUCACUUGCCAGGCCCUCCAAUGGCCUCUGUUCACCCUUGCAGGCAUGCUGAGGUGAUGAAGAAGAUCAUCCAGACUGUGACUGAAGGCGGCGGUGAACUCGGUGUCCACAUGUACCUCAUCGUGUUCCUGAAAUUUGUCCAAGCCGUCAUCCCUACCAUAGAGUACGACUACACCCAGAACUUUGCCAUGUGAAGUGCAAGCGGUUCACGGCAUCAAACUUGUUUAAAUUUCUGUGGGGAGAUUUGUGGGGCACAGACAUCACUCAUUCUCUUUUUCCGUGAGCUGUGUCCUGAAUGUUGCAGGGAGUUACAGGACUUUUGGUAACGUGCAUUGGUGCUGUGCGAGUCGAGAACUGUGGUGGGGCACACAUUGUGUUGUUCAUUCUGUACUAGUUGGGUUGGUCAUGUUCACUCUCGGUACGAUUUGUGGCUGUCUGUAGACGUUUGUGGUGGUCCUGUGCCAGUUAGAAUGGAGGAUUGCAGUACACAGUUUUUCUUAUCUGGCAAAUACCUACUUGACCCGUUGUCAGUCCCUGAAGCUCCUACAGUGCUCUUGAAUGUAUUUUAACAUAUUGUGUAAGGCGUUUGAGAAGUUGUUACAGAGUACUAUAGUAAUGGAAGACACAUUGGCAGCAGCUUGUGAACCCUAAAGACAGAUAUUAGUUUCACUGCAUUGCACACUUGUCAUGAAGCCAACAGCUCAGAGCAAACUGGUAGGUAAAUGUGAUGAACAGUGCUCAUCUAUAAAAGCAUUCUUUGUUGAGGAUAUUUUCCUAUUCUCUUGCUGCAAUGUGCCCUCAUCUUUGUGCCUGCUGCAAAGGCACAAAGCUCUGCAAGCUCUAUUCACUAGCAAUUUUAGGCUUUUCACUGUGAUUUUCUGAAAUAAAGGCAAUGAUGCAAAUGAA